AUGGUCAUUCAACGAUCGGAUUCCAUCUCCUCAACCACAUCCUCUUCCAUCACCAAUACCACUCUCACCACAAUAGCCUCGGAUCUCAAUCACGGCAACCAUUCAUCAUCAUCAUCAUCAUCAACCUCUUCUUCUCUCAUUUCGUCCUCUUCUUCCAAUACUCUACACUAUGGAGAUGUCAUUUCGUUGGCCAUCUUCUUCAAUCCAUUCCAUCAGGAAAAGACAAGACCACAUUCUCAUCAACAACACCACCACCACCACCAUGCGAGAACAGACUCCAUCACGAGCAUAACUUCAGAUUCAUCAUCACCUCUUCUGUUACCAAAGAGCAUCAAUACUCCACAACAACCACAACAACAAACAAAUCAAGAAUCAUCAUCCAUUGUGGGUUUCAUGUCUGUGAGUGGUAUUCCUGGACAUCAUCGAUGUGGUCUCUCCGCCGAUGACAGCAUCCUCAAGAAUUUCGAUAGUGCAUUGUUUAUGCUUUGCAAAGGUGAAACCUACAGUGCAAAGAAACGAUAUCACAAGUAUUUGAAUUACUUUGCAAGUGCGGAAAAGUCAACUAUGAGUAGUAGUAUGAACAAUUUGAUGAAUGAAGUGUCAAAUUCCAUGCUUUUGAAACAGAGUUCACUUUUACACCACAAAGAUUCUUCACGUCCAAUGACUCCAUUCAAUUCUCAACAGCAUGUAAAAGCACAACCAUCUGUCAUUGCUGCCAAUCAUAUUCAAUCACAAUUAGCAGAAUUAGAAGAGAAAAUGUUACGUGAAAAGCAAGAAAAUGAAAUUGAAAGAGAACGCUCUUGGGGAAAGCCCGUUUUAUAUGGAGAACGAAUUCAAUUAUAUCAUUUAAAAACAGGAUUGUUUCUCAACGUACUAAGAUCAAAUGCUGAUUUGGAAAAAUCAUCUUUAAAAUUGUCACUUAGUGAAGGUGAUAGAAUGUGUCACUUCCAAUUUGUUCCUCACUUUAAAUUUAGAAGUGAAGGAGAACCAAUUCGUUUGAGUGAUAAGGUCAUUAUUAUGAACGAAAAAACAAAGCAUAACAUUCACAUUUCACAAUACAAAUAUACUCGACCUCUCAUUGUGAAAGAUUUUGAAAAAUACGAAGUGAACGCUUCUCCUCAUCCUGCAGAUAAUAUUUGGAUUCUAAGAUUGUAUCGAUCGUACCUCCCAAUGGCUCAUGCAUUUAUUAAAGGAGGUGACGUUAUUAGAAUUAUUCACAGAGAUUUAAUGGGUGCACUCUAUCAUCCAUCCAUUAAUCAAAUAGGAUCAACAACCACCAAUUCAUUCAGCUCGCUUCAUCUCAACCCAAAAUAUGCUCUUACUAGUAUUACAUCUCUAUUUCAAAUUGAAGCAUUGGAUAAUUCAAGAGGAGGAAUUAUGUAUUCUGCAACUCCAUGUCGCUUCAAACAUAUUGCUUCAGGUCAAUACAUUGCUGCACGAGAGGUAGAAGUCCAUGACGAUCAACAUCAAAUCUCAACUACUAAUCUAUCAAAUGGUAGCAGCAGCAGUAGUAGUGCAUCAUCAUCCUCUGCAAGCUCGAGUUCUGGUAAGGCAGGUAAAACAAAUGCUUGGAAGAAUCUUCGCCGUCGUGUCAAGAUUCGACUGAAAUUAGUGUUAACCGAUCAUCCAAGAGAUGAAUCAGCAGUAUUCUACUUGUAUUCCGAAGAGGUUCAACAUAACGAACCCAUCCUUGCUCAAAGCUUACUUCGAAUCAAGCAUGCUCAAUCCAAUACAUGGCUACGUGCCAAUGAUGUGUCAAAAGCUGUCCUUAACGACAUUCAGACCAAUCUCAGCACAGGUUCCUCCAGUAAUAGCUCUUCGGCCGUGCACAAGUCGUCUCAUUUAGUAGAAUUAUGGUUUGAUGUGAUACAACGAGAAAAAGAUGUAUUUUCUCUAGAGCAUGUCAAUAAUGUGCUUCAGGUGAAUCUUAUCAAGGAAAUUUAUCCAAUACUUGUAAAUUAUGACAACAAUAGCCAAUAUCAGAGAAAUGAUAUUGAAAUACUGUUGAAUGCUCUCAAAUUAGUUAUUUAUCUGUGUACAGAUUCAGUUCAAGAAGAUCCAUUGAAGCGAGAAGGAACUCCAUACACCAACAUUCAAAAUCAUUUCAGAGAAUUGAAUUUCAUUGAUGCAAUUUUUAACAUUAUUAAUUUAUUGGAUCCUACUUCCCAAUCGUCCAUAACUUCUCCCAUCAUGAACUCAUCCAUUGCAUUUCCUUCAGAAUCGCAAUACCCUGCUCUCUCAACGAUACAAAGAUAUCAAAAUAACAUCAUUCCAAUGUGCUACAGAGCCAUCAAACAACUGGCUAAACAAAAUUUGUUGAACUGUACACACAUUUUGGAUAAGUAUUUCACAACUAUGCAAGAUCAUUUAUCAAGAGAUAUCGGAGGACAAGAGGUUUCGAAUGCCCUGGUAGAAAUCAUUAAUGACAAUAUGGAGGUGUUAGAGCAAAUUCCAGGAGAAAAAAUUGACCACUUUUUCAAACUCAUCACCACGAAACAAAAAAAACCACUCUUUGUGUCGUUUUUAUCCAAUCUUUGCAGAAGCGGUGAUCGUCCAGUGACCAAGAAUCAAAAGCAUCUUGUCGACUUAUUGUCAAAGAUUGAUUGCAAAAAUGUUUUCUAUCUGCCAGACUACGAUGACACGAAUCGAACAAUCCAUGUCUUGAAGGAUUCAGAGGAAGGUGACUCUGAUCGUGUGCCACUCGAUCAAUUACAAAAUACUGAUAGUAUGAUGUACAGAAUUUUAAUUGAAGGUCUUCGUUUGUUGUCUUCGUUGUGUGUAGGUCGUCAUGCUGCUGGUAUUUCGUAUGUGUCUCAAUUGCUUCCUCUUGAAUUGGUGAUGGCUGUUGUGGAGAGUGAAGACUAUGGAAUUGAACUGAGAUCAGCCAUGUGUGGAAUUUUAGAACAUUGUUAUUUGGACAACACUUCUAAUGGUGAAUUUCCUCCUAUCAACCUUAGCCGACCCAUUGAUAACAACGACAAUCCGACAACUAAGGGCGGAAGUAAUCGCUUGCAAACAGAAUUUAUUGAUUACAGAAAUCGCUUUAAAUCCAUACGAUUGUUUCUGGUUGAGUUUUUCAAAAACAAGCAAAAUUCACAACUCCCUCCAGAACGUACACCACUCAUUUACAAUCUUGUGAAAAUUGGCUACAAGUGCUUUGUGUAUCGUAUUUUCAAUCCAUACGCCAAUGAUACUGACUCACUCCAAUUGAAAGCCAAAAUAGACAGCUCGACCAAUAAGCUGGUUGUGGAGGGCCAAGAUGAAUAUUUAAUUUCCAUGAGAGAAAUGGAAGAGUUUCUGAGUGUCUUGCUCACUACACUCGACUCUACCAACGACAUUGGAAAUAUUAACACAAUGUUUGAGGAUAUUGAACAGAACACAUUUGUCAUCAAGAUCAAGAAAAAGAUUCUUGACAUUUUCCUUUAUGCCAUGGAUCUAAGAAUCGAUUAUAGAAUUUCUCUUAUCAUUACUGCUUAUAAUGCAAGAAAUGUGAUUCUCAUCACUGAUCAACAAUUGAAUGAUUUUAUUUCAAAGACAAUUACUUCCUCUGUUAACUUUUUCCAAUUUGAUAACACAGACUCAAGCAGAAAUUUUGCAUUCCCCUUGCUCUACUUGUUUAAAUAUCAAAACAAGGAAAUCCCAGAAAAAGCUCUCAAAAUAUUGCAAAGGUCAUACAAUCAAUCCAAAGAGUUAAAAGAAAAUUUGCAAAAGGUCUCCAUUCUUAUUUCUUCCAAGUCAAGAAAGGCCUACAAUUUCAUUUACACCAUGUUUAACAGAAUUCAAAAUUUAUUAAGCACAAGUAGCUUUACUGGCGGAGAUUCUUCAGAUGAUUUUGUAAUUUUUAGAGACACCAUCACACAGUUGAUUAGAAUCAUGAAAGAAAAUAAGGGAACUAAAGCAGCCUUUAGAAACUUGGGUGGUCAUGAUCUAUUGAUUAAAUGCUUGGGAACUAACUACCCUGCAUUUGUAAAGACUAAACUCAGCAUUUGUUGCAUUGAGUUGCUGACUGAAUUUGUGAGAAGUGACAAGAAAAAUCAAGAAGAGUUAUUCCGUGAGUUUAGGUUCCUUCUUGAAUUGUUAUCUCCACAAGUGGAUACCACUGAAUUGUUGACAGAAAUUGUCAGAGAGAAUGAUCAAAUUUUGUUGAAUAAGAUUGAUCCACUUCUCAUCAAACUUUAUCUAGAAAAGAUAAUUUCUGUUGGUGCUAAAUCGUACCAUUUGAACUUUCUGAGAAUUUUAACUUGUGACUCAAAGGGCACUUCAAUUCCAACCAACCAAAACGAGAUUAUCAACAACCUGAAAGAAGAUUACAGAUCUUUAAUUGUUCUCUAUAAUGAAGAGGAUUUAAUGAAAGAACGGGAACGUAUGAUCGUGGAAAAGGAAUAUCUCAAAGUUGGAUCUGAUUUAAAUUAUCACAUUAACUUGUUAUAUUUGCUAAGAGAUUGUACGAGAGACAAAGUUGGGUUGGCAGAAGGUUCCGUUCAAGCUAUUUUACCUUUUAGUGAAAUGCUUGUCCAUCUAACGGAUUGUUUUCUCAUUCCUCUCGUCAGAGAUCCUCUCAUGAAACUAUUAACAGAAUUAUACUUUAUCACUGAGAAGGAAUCCACUCAAGAUUUGUCAGAUGUCAACAUUUGGAAACUCUUCAAAAAGAUUAAUACUGAAUUGCGAUCAUGGCUCGACAACGAUGGUAAAAUGAGAUAUCCCAAAGAGUUUGAGGAAGCUCACUAUUCUGCUUAUCCUCCAUCCCAAUUACAUGCCAUUUCUGAAGAAUCAACUGAUGAUUCCAUUGUGGGUAACGGUACAGCAAGUGAUAGUGCUCACUCAACUCCAACACCUACUGAGUCUAUUGAUACUAACAUUCAAGUCAAACGUAGUUUUUACAAUCAGGAAUCUCCAAAUGAGGAGGUUUUUGUCAAUGAUAAUUACGUUUACAAAGUUGUGUUGCCGUUCAUUGAAAGUUUCUUUGAAAAUGUAUUCAACAAGAAUGUCAACAAGAUGCUUCUUCAAAAAGAAAAUAACGAAGAAAUUAAGGAAAUUAUUUACGACUUGCUUAAAAAUGUCACAGAAAUCUAUCUCCAUAGUGCUUCUCAUAAAGAGGACAUUAAGAGAUGUCACAUGGCGAUUCAAAAGUUGAUGGUGACUGCAAGUAUCGAUACCGAUGGCAAAUUUAAAAACUUGACCAAGUUAGCUGUUGCAAAACAUAACAUGACGAUGGUUAUUAAACAGCAAUCCAACAAAUCUAUGAAACAGAAGUUUGCUGUGAAGAAUAUCGAAGAGGACUUUUUAUUGAAGUACAAAAUAUUUAUGGAUGAUUUAGAGAGAAAGGGAUUCUUUGCAAAGAGAGAAACUAAUGAAUUACCACAGUUUGCUCAACUUUUGCAGCUCCACAGCGAAUACUUGCCACGUUUGGUAAAUGUCUUGAAGACAAUGAUUGAAUUUGGCGUACCAAGAGACAUGAGUGAGACGUUCAUUGAUUCCAUUGCUACGAUUGCAUCUAUCGUAAAGGAAUAUAACGCAAAAAAGGAUUACAAUUUCUCGGUGAAUCACAACAUUCCAGAGCUGGUGUUAAAACUAAUUUGCUCAAGCAAUAUUGAAUUUACCAAGUAUGGACUCCAAUUAGGAAUUGAAACACUCAUGUCUGGUAAUAUUGAAAACCAACAAAUGUAUAAUCGAUUGUUGAAAACUGGAAAUUAUGAAACCUUCUUCCAAGCAAUUAAGAAUAAGAUUAAGCAGUCAAUACUCGAAGAAAAGGAAGUGAGAAAGAGAGGAGUGACUGGAAUUCUAGAUACAGAACUAACUUCCUAUGCUUGGGAAGUUUUGAGAUUUUUGCAAUUAUUGUGUGAAGGUCAUAACUUGGAAAAUCAGCAAAUGCUCCAAAAUCAACCAUUUAACCGUAUUAGUAUUGACCUUGUGAGUGAAUGUAUCGAUUAUGUGAUUCACCUUUUCAAAUAUUUGAGUUCUUCAAAUGUGGAUAAGGUAAUCCAAGCAUUGAAUGCUCUCAAUGAGUUUGUUCAAGGCCCAUGUGAACAAUCCAUUCAAACUCUCUCUUCCUCUUCAGGUCUCUAUACAGUAUUUAAUGAUAUUUUGGAAAAUGAUUUUAUUUCUGACAAGAUGACCACUGCCUUUGAUCCUGUUGCACCAACUGCACUCGGAGCAUCACGUUCACAAUCCAUUCUUCAACAACGGGCAGCUCAAUUAGAUCGAUUGAAUCACAUUACCACACGAAAGGAAAUGAAACUUUUAGAAGCUGUCAUUAUUACAUUAACCAGUAUGUUAGAAGGAGGUAAUAAGCAUGCUCAGGCAUCCGAGUUAAAAUAUUUGAAUAUGGAACCUCUCAUGGAGAGAAUGAAAGAAUGUGCUGAAGUGUGUAUUCCAAUUUCUUUCAUUCAGUCAUUCCUUCUUAAAAGAAAAGAAAAGGAAGUUAAAAAGCUUUCUUCAUCGAUCAUUGAAUAUUUCAAACAAGAACAAAAGAAUACUGAUGCUUUACUUGUUCAAAAAUUGACCAAAGACUAUGAAUUGCUCUCAGAUCAAAAAUCUGAAAAGUACAAGACACUGGCAGAUUUUAUUUCAGUGAAGAAAUCAAAGAUAAAAGAUUCAUGUGAAGAAAUUGGAACUGCCAUUUACAUGCUCUUGAAGUAUUUAGGAGUGAAAUUGAACGAUAAUUUAGAGGAUGAAGAAUCUGUACGCCGUACCAUCAUCUACAACUUUUAUGCAAGUUUAACAGGUUCUAUUGAAAUUAUUCGUGAUUCAAAAAUUGAAGUUGUACAUUUUAAGAAGCCACGGAUGUGUAACAAUCUACUUGAGACCACAAAGGAUGAAUUUGUGAGCUCUUGCAAUAGAGAAACUGCACAAACCAAAGUAGCUGAUCUCUAUGAAUGGACCUAUCGUGUGUUUAAGACUGAAAUGCAUCAUUUGGAACGAUAUAGGUCCAAUGAAAACGGUUGGGAGAGUAGAACUUGGAGAUUUUUAGAGCGUUAUUGGAAGUAUAUGAAAAAUCUUUCUUUCUUAUUCUCUCUUUUGAUCAAUGUCAUUGUAUUGAUAUUCUAUCACAAACGAUACGAUGUGUUUGCUGGUUAUGUACCAGUUCCAGGCAUUGCCUAUGAUGUUUCUAUGGCAAAUGUGGUCACACAAGGAUUCAAAUGGAAAGCUGCUGGUAUUUUGGUCAUUGUUUUAGGUUUUAUUCAAUUGAUAACAACGAUAUUACUGAUUGUGACAUAUUUGAGAUUUUUCUUAAUGUUAAAUGUGAAAAAGAAAUUCCAGCUCAAGAAGGAAGAAACAUGGGAAUCAGCGACACAACAACCUGGUUUUAGGAAGAAGUUAUUUUUGAGUAUUGUUACGGAUUUAUAUUUAUGGUGGACAAUUAUUUUCCUUGGAAUUUCACUCAUUGGUUUAAUCGUCACUCCUCUUGUUUAUUGUUUACAAUUAUUUGAAGUGGUUACAUUGAGUCAUGUAUUGCAAGAUAUUUUCUUCUCCAUUUUUGAAAACAAGAAGAAAUUCUUCUUGUUCUCUGUAUUGACCAUAUUCGCCUUGAUAGCUUAUGCAUUUACUAUAUUUGCGUUCAAGUGGGACCAAUGGAUCAUUAGCAACACAAAUGCAUGUUCCAACACUAUUUUAUGUUUUGCCACAACGAUUAACUACAGCGUUCGUUCAGAAGCGUUUUUGGAAAAUAUUAUGGAUCCCAAACCGCUUGAUGUUUCACGUUUCUUUUUCGAUAUGGCUUUCUACUUUGUGGUAGUGGUUAUUUUGUUGGAAGUUUUGUUUGGUUUGAUUUUGGACUCUUUUAGUGAACGUCGUGAACACAGAAACAAAUUGGAGAAGGAAAAGAAAGAGAUUUGCUUUAUAUGUCACAAUGAAAAGAAUCGAUUUGAUUUACAUGCUAACGAAGGACUUGAUUUUGAGAGUCAUAUCAAAACUGAACAUAAUAUGUGGAACUAUGUGUAUUUCCUUAUCUAUCUUUCUGAAAAAGAACGUGACGAAUACACAGGUACAGAGCAAUACGUCGAGCAGAAUGCUGCUAAAUUGUCCUUCUUCCCUACUCUUCGAUCUAAAACACUAGAACUGGCAGAGAGUGGUGCUUUGUUGAAGGAAACUAAUAGUCUUGAUGACACAGACAAGCAUGUCAUGGAUGAAAAUACUCUCAAAGUCGACGAAAAUGGUAUGGUAGACGUAUCAAAUAGUGGCAAGUAUUCUUCCUCUGCAAACAAGACGGAUGAUUUCGAAGCCAUUACAAGCAAUAAGGAUAGCUUGUUGCUCUACAUCUAA